GUGCGUGCGUGGCGAAUGGCGGGGCCCGAGGUGCGGCUUCCGCCGACGCAGGUGGCUGAGCUCUGCGCUGCCCUUGGUCGCGGGGUCGUCGCUGGCGCCCGAGCCGCAGCAAUCAUGACAAACUUCCUUCAGAUCGUGCGUGACCACUGGGUUCACAUACUUGUCCCUAUGGGAUUUGUGUUCGGAUGUUAUCUAGACAGAAAGAAUGAUGAAAAGCUAACUGCCUUCCGGAACAAGAGUGUGUUAUUUAAAAGGGAGUUGAGGCCCAAUGAGGAAGUGACCUGGAAGUAAAAAGUAUGGUGGAAUUACAGAAUGUCCACAUUUUAAAAAGUAAAGAGAAAAUAAAAACAUGUUUGUUAUUUAAUGUGAA